AUGCCUUCUAAAAAAAUUUUCAAACAAACUACAAAAGAGCAAAGGCUUGCAAUGGUGAUGUUUAUUGAAAAUUCUGAAAAUCAGAAUAUUAUUGACAGAAGAGCAGCAAUUAGUACACUCAUAAGUGGCAA